AUGGAUGCAAUGUUUCCCGUCUGCUUGGUCCUACUGAUUGACUUUGCUCCACCUCCACGGGCUGGCAAGGAAUACAACAAACAAGCUCCACCUCCACGGGCUGGCAAGGAAUACAACAAACAAGCUCCACCUCCACGGGCUGGCAAGGAAUACAACAAACAAGCUCCACCUCCACGGGCUGGCACGGAAUACAACAAACAAGCUCCACCUCCACGGGCUGGCAAGGAAUACAACAAACAAGCUCCACCUCCACGGGCUGGCAAGGAAUACAACAAACAAGCUCCACCUCCACGGUCCUGCAAGGAAUACAACAAACAAGCUCCACCUCAACGGGCUGGCAAGGAAUACAACAAACAAGCUGUACCUCCACGGGCUGGCAAGGAAUACAACAAACAAGCUCCACCUCCACGGGCUGGCAAGGAAUACAACAAACAAGCUCCACCUCCACGGGCUGGCAAGGAAUACAACAAACAAGCUCCACCUCCACGGGCUGGCAAGGAAUACAACAAACAAGCUCCACCUCCACGGGCUGGCAAGGAAUACAACAAACAAGCUCCACCUCCACGGGCUGGCAAGGAAUACAACAAACAAGCUCCACCUCCACGGGCUGGCAAGGAAUACAACAAACAAGCUCCACCUCCACGGGCUGGCAAGGAAUACAACAAACAAGCUCCACCUCCACGGGCUGGCAAGGAAUACAACAAACAAGCUCCACCUCCACGGGCUGGCAAGGAAUACAACAAAAAAGCUCCACCUCCACGGGCUGGCAAGGAAUACAACAAACAAGCUCCACCUCCACGGGCUGGCAAGGAAUACAACAAACAAGCUCCACCUCCACGGGCUGGCAAGGAAUACAACAAACAAGCUCCACCUCAACGGGCUGGCAAGGAAUACAACAAACAAGCUCCACCUCCACGGGCUGGCAAGGAAUACAACAAACAAGCUCCACCCCCACGGGCUGGCAAGGAAUACAACAAACAAGCUCCACCUCCACGGGCUGGCAAGGAAUACAACAAACAAGCUCCACCUCCACGGGCUGGCAAGGAAUACAACAAACAAGCACCACCUCCACGGGCUGGCAAGGAAUACAACAAACAAGCUCCACCUCCACGGGCUGGCAAGGAAUACAACAAACAAGCUCCACCUCCACGGGCUGGCAAGGAAUACAACAAACAAGCUCCACCUCCACGGGCUGGCAAGGAAUACAACAAACAAGCUCCACCUCCACAGGCUGGCAAGGAAUACAACAAACAAGCUCCACCUCCACGGGCUGCUCCACCUCCACGGGCUGGCAAGGAAUACAACAAACAAGCUCCACCUCCACGGGCUGGCACGGAAUACAACAAACAAGCUCCACCUCCACGGGCUGGCAAGGAAUACAACAAACAAGCUCCACCUCCACGGGCUGGCACGGAAUACAACAAACAAGCUCCACCUCCACGGGCUGGCAAGGAAUACAACAAACAAGCUCCACCUCCACGGGCUGGCAAGGAAUACAACAAACAAGCUCCACCUCCACGGGCUGGCAAGGAAUACAACAAACAAGCUGUACCUCCACGGGCUGGCAAGGAAUACAACAAACAAGCUCCACCUCCACGGGCUGGCAAGGAAUACAACAAACAAGCUCCACCUCCACGGGCUGGCAAGGAAUACAACAAACAAGCUCCACCUCCACGGGCUGGCAAGGAAUACAACAAACAAGCUCCACCUCCUCGGGCUGGCAAGGAAUACAACAAACAAGCUCCACCUCCACGGGCUGGCAAGGAAUACAACAAACAAGCUCCACCUCCACGGGCUGGCAAGGAAUACAACAAACAAGCUCCACCUCCACGGGCUGGCAAGGAAUACAACAAACAAGCUCCACCUCCACGGGCUGGCAAGGAAUACAACAAACAAGCUCCACCUCCACGGGCUGGCAAGGAAUACAACAAACAAGCUCCACCCCCAAAGGGCUUUCAUUAG